AUGUGGACCAAGGCUGACACGGAGACAGCGUCACUUAUCUUCAAUCUCCUCCAUACACUCGAUGGGUCAAGCCCCAAAAUCACCAUCCCUGCCAUUUUCAAUGCAAUCUACACUCGCACCAAUCCUAGUGCCUUGGAUCCUACCCGGAAGUCUUCGUUAACGUCCAAUCUCUCCGAGUCCGAGCUUGCUAGCUUUUUGGUUACUUAUGCCCGCUCACUGGACGAUGAUGUCCUUGACGAAAUUUGGACGGACUGCACAACUUUCUUGCGCGAUGUUCUUAGCAAUCCAUUCCCGCACCGGCAGAUUCUUCCACGUUUGAUUGAAUUCGCGGCUAUUUUGGGGGUGAAAUUGGAGAAUACAACAUUUGGCGAAGACCGCCGUAUGCGAAAGGAACUUGGAGAUGUUCUCCUACGUCUCCUUACCGCAGUCUUUACGAGCAAGCCCCUAGGUCUCAACCAUGACACUGGGCCUAUGGCAAGAUCUUCGGUGGAUCAUGAUCGUACCUCGGUCUCUCAUACUGGACCCGAUGACAUGCUGAGCAUUCUAGCGGUCUCUAUGCCGUCGUUUAUCACGACGCUGGGUGAUUCGGACCGGAUCAACACCGCCAUUACUAGUGUUUCAACUAAUGUAGUGGGCCCUCUCAUUCGGUCACGUCUCUUCCCUAACAACCUCAACCGCAAUGUCAUGGUUCUUCUACAGCAAAUGGCAAAAGUACCAGCUGCGGCGAAAAUGUGGAAGAAGGACAUAUCCGACGCGUUCAAUGAUGCUCGAUUCUUUGGAUUGCAGUUGGAUUUGGUGAAGAACAACUGGAUGGACCUGCUGCGUCAGUGGGUUCUCGCCGACAAGGAACGGCUAUCCGAACUUCUUGUCCGCCUUCCACCACCAAGCUCAGCGGGUAUCAUGUUCGGCGUAGGAGCCUCUGCGGCCCGAUUGGAAGCCGAUCGGAAAGCGCAGCUCAACCUCCGGCGAAUCGCGCUACUCCUGCUUUCUGCCAGCGAUGAUUACUUUGUUGGUGAAUUGCCGGCAUUGCUUCAGAAACUGGAAGAUCUUCUUGCGGCAACCAGCUCCUCGUCGCCAUCUUCUGCCACUCGGGCGGAAGUGUUCAUGGUUCUUCGAGCAGUCGCGCUCAAGACCUCUGCCUCCGCGAUGGCGCCAUUCUGGCCCCUGAUCAACACGGAGCUGCAAGAAGCCAUCUCCGCAGUCCCCCAGGGCUCUCAGCCGGAGCUCUACAAUGCUUACUCGCUGCUUCAAGCGUGCAAGCUUCUCGACAUACUGCUUGUCCUCGCCCCAGACGACUUCCAGCUCCUUGAAUGGCUUUUCGUAACCGACACGAUUGAUGCGGUCUAUCCGCCCGACCGCUGGGAGCCCAUUGCUCUGGCAGAUGAAGUUUCUCAAACUUUCGGUCCACGUGGUGCAGGCUCACUCACUGUCCCAACGGAUACCAUCGAGCCCCAAUCCCGCAGUGGUCUUAAGCGGCCAUGGCUCAUCUCAGACUGGAUCCGAGAGACAGCCAAGGACGAUAUUGUUGAGCGGGUCCUACAACCAUUCUUCGCUCGGUUGAGUAUCUAUGUGUUUGAGAGUACGUACGGUAUGGGUAGCGUAGAUUUGACAGUGUGCCGAGACGAUCUUUUGGCAGAUCUCUUCAACGAGAGCACAAUGGCCAAUUAA